UAGUGAACACGCGUUCUUGCCGUUGAAGGCGCUGCGUAGGUAACCCAAAGCACACCGCUUCUCUCCAGGCCCUCUACUGAAGGGAACAAUGGAUCGCUCUCCAAUCUAGCCGAGACCACCGACAACCCAGCAUGCCGACGCGUGUCCAUUACCAAGUGCAAGUGCAGCAGCGAUGCACUGACUGCGGCGGGUUCGUUGUCAAAGAAUCCAGAAACCCCGAGUGUGAAGUGUCCACUUCACGACGUCGAGUACAUACACACACUACCGGUAGACCGCCUCAAACUCGCUUGCAUUCCGUCGCAGUCGGGCAUCAAGGCCCUGCCACCGUUCAUUCUGGGCGAAGAAGUGUAUAUGAACGGUGGCCUUCCGCCAUCGUCUCAGUUGCACUCGGCCCCGCCACGCACUCCUGUGAUACCGCCAUCCCCCCCCAAGGACGCGCAUGAUAAGUGCGUGGUCAUCGUUGUUGACGACUCCAAGUACAGCAUUGACGGAACGUUUUCUGUCCAAACUGAAAGCGGUGUUGUCCAUCAUGGCAUCUCUGGCUUGCGGUUGGAACCCAUUGGCAAAGCCAGUGAAACCCCGAGAUACGUCGACACUUUCGUGCACAAAAUGGGAAGAAGGGGGACGGGACUCAGUCUUCGCGAUUUGUCAACGUACAUGCCUCAUCAGCUGGAGCAUGGGCAAUUACUGGCGAUGCUCGAACAAUAUUCGAAGCUCAUUCGGCUAAAAUACGAGUCGAACCGCAAUAUGGCCGUGAUUCUGUCGCGCCGUGCGACGUUGUAUGCAGCUCUUGGCCACUACAACGAGUCUCUCGACGAUGCAGAGCACGCCAUUCAAUUGGAGCCCAAUUUUUCUACUGCGUAUUUUCGAAAAGGCUAUGCGUUAUGCAGUCUAGGGCGGUAUGCAGAAGCCUGCGUUGAGUUCCGAAAAGGACUGGAAUACGAUGCUUGCUGCCCUCACUUACGACAUGCGUUGGAGGUCACGAUGAAUUCGUUGCAUCAUAAACCAAAGUAACGUUAGUCCACUGGAUGCCAGACAUGACAAAAGUACACGUGGUCCAGAAUGAGUUGGCAUUAUCAACACUUGACUUGCAUGUGCUAAAUGUAAGUCACUGCGCG